AUGUCUUCUUUAGAGGAAUUGAAAAACGAGGUGGAUCAAUUGAAAGAGCUAGUUGCAAGACAAAGCAAAGUUAUUGGCCGCACUGGGGAGCAGCUCCUGAGAUUCCAGGUAAGACAGACUGACAGAGAGCUUAACUCCAUUGAUGUGCCUAGAGUUGGGACCGAUAGCACAACGUCAAAACAUGGACAAAUUGACACAUCGGAAUUUGCCACCAACGAUGACAUUGUUCAGCUCGUGGGCGAGCUGCAAGGUCAGUUGAACAUCUUGGAACAAAGAUCACUCAGGAGAACCAUCAACUCGGGACUUUCGAAAGACACUGAUCUCAUUGCUCCUGUUUUGAACUCCGAUGGUGACGAGCCUCCUGACACAAUUUACCCGAAGACAUUGAAACAGUUCCGCGAGUUGUCAGAUGACUCAGUGCUUGCUCUUUGCCAUUUUUAUGAACUCCUGCCACCAACUUUGGAAGAAGAGGCCAAAUUGCGUGCUUUCAUGGAAGGGAAAAUUAAGUCCCCAAACGUGGAUCCGUCUGAAUUUAAGCCAUCCUCCGUUGACUACUCUAAAGAGGUGCUUGAUAGCUUGUACGACGACCUUGCAAGGUUCUUAGGUUUAAAAUUCAGAAAAACCGAACACGCAUGGUAA